AUGACGGAGGUGACAGCCACCAUGGACGUCGAGAACGGAACCACAACUCCUACUGUCGAGGGGCCACGGCCGCCCAGAACUCAUGUCGACAGCACGCCUCUGCCCACAGACUCGAUGGUGACAGUGCCGCUGUCCGAGGCCGGCACCAACGAAGACGGUUUUCGAGAUUCUACCAUACAGCCAGAUAUCGUAGUCGAGGAGCGGGGGUCGUCAUCACGACCAAGCUCUGACGAGAUCCACAAGGCGUUCGGCCGUCGUGGAAGUCAAGCCAGCGUCACGGCACCAACUUCGACUAGCCCCACAGUAUCUGUUCGUGAUGUCGAUGCACCGGAGGCACCAAAGCUGAUACGGUCAAGAAGUGGCAGCGAGAGCUCGGGAGACGCCAAGGUGGAUUGGGCAGAGCUGGAGAAGAAGGAGACUCAGCAGUCCCACGAGGGCCAGGAUGAUGCCAUGGCUUUGUUGCUCGCACGCCUUGAACAAGAAAACAACGCCAUAAUGUCGGACUCCAAGGCAGGCAUGAAGCCAACCACAAAAGGCGUCCGCGCUCGCAGCCAGUCCCGCCCACCGUCAUUCCAGCAGCUCAAACGCCUUGUGCAGAACGAUACCUCAGAUGUUCGAUUUUCUCAGCUCCCGUCGCCACCACCUAUGACUGAGCUCGAAUUCUGGGCGGCGCUCGUCCGCGACUAUCCUCAAGUGGUCCAGCGGUUACCCACCCUAUGUUUGAACAAGAUUCGUGGAGGUAUUCCUGCACCGCUCCGAGGUGUUGUUUGGCAGAGUGCGUCUGGGGCCCGUGACAAGUUCAUCGAGGAUCAGUACGACUCCUUAUGCGGCGAGUCGAGUCCGUACGAGAACAUCAUCAACAAGGACCUUGGCAGAAGUUUCCCCGGUGUUGAGAUGUUCAAGGACCCCGAGGGCGAGGGCCAAAAGAUGCUGGGCCGUGUGUUGAAGUGCUUUAGCUUGUAUGACAGCAAGAUAGGGUACUGUCAGGGCCUAGGUUUCCUCGUGGGUCCACUGCUCAUGCAGAUGGGUGAUAAGGAGGCCUUUUGCGUGCUUGUCAGGCUCAUGGAAGACUAUGACCUUCGCUCUUGCUUCCUUCCUGAUCUCUCGGGGCUACACCUGCGCAUCUUCCAGUUUCAGAAGCUGCUAAGCCAUCACAUGCCAGAACUCACGCUGCAUCUUGAGGAGAUGCAGAUCGAACCUGCCUACCUCUCGCAAUGGUUUCUGUCAUUCUUCGCCGUCACAUGCCCUCUGCCUAUGCUGUUUCGCAUCUUCGACGUACUCUUUGCCGAGGGCGCCUCCGAAACUAUCAUGCGUGUUGCUCUUGCACUCAUGAAGAGAAACGAGGCCAAGCUGCUCUCGCUGACCGAACUCGAGGAUGUGAUGCAGCUACUACUCGGACGCCAGCUAUGGGAUCCGUAUGGCCGAAACGCGCACUCGGCAGACGAGCUCGUCAGCGAUUUUGUUUCGUUCACUAACGAUGUCACGCGAGAGAAGUUGCAGGGAUUAGAGCAGCAGUACAAGGAAGCGCAGGAGAAGGAAUCGGCCAAGCAACAAGUCAACAAAUCCGCUACUUCGUUUUUGGGCCGGUUGUGGGGCCCUUCUAAUUCGUCUACGAAGUCCGUGUCUCUCAGCCCGGGCCUAUCUGCGCCUUCACGCCCUGUCAGCUUCCUGAGAAGGACACCGUCGAAACAAAGUCUGGCUUCCACUCUCAACUCUACCGCUGAGUCCGACACAUCGGCUGCAACUCAGAGUACAGCUUUAACGGACAUCUCUCGCGCUUCCCACGGCGACGCCAUGUCAAUGAAAUCAGGCCACGCGUCUGUUGCCAUGAGCAUCUCGGCGAAAGAUAGGGACCUGCAUUACCAAAUAGAGCAGCUCCUGAUGUCUGUGAGUCAGUUGCAGCGACAGAACAGCGAACUGGAGGCUGCACUGCAGAAGCAACGCGAGGACCGAAAGGAAGACUACCGUGUCGUUCGGACUGUUGUUGAUAAGAUCCGAAAGAAGGAGUCCACGUUAUCUACGCCAUCAACACGUGCGUCGAGACGCAGGACCACCAUCACAGCCGCUACAGACGUCCCAGCCAACAACGAGUCAUCGCCGGAGUUGUCAGAGGAGAGUGCUGACAUAGUGGAAGCUUUGGAAACCCAGUUUCCAGUAACCCAGAAGCAUCACCGCGCUUCGUCUAUGUUCGAGACAAAGCAGCUCCUGCGCGACAGUUUGUCGCGAACCAAGGAUCAGCUAAUGUCGGAAACGUCACGAGCGCAGGCCCUUGCACGUGAACUGAACGAUCGUCAAGCUGAACUUCAGAUCGCGCGGGAUGCACUCAAGGACACCCGGAAUCGCCUUGCGGACUCGUACAACCAGAACCAACGGCAAGAGAAAACGAUCAAUGAAUUGCGACAGAAUGCGCGCAAGGCAUCUGCAGCAGCAAGCUGGACAGGUGCCGACGACACAUCGCCCAAUCCUACGCCGACACUGACCAGAAGCACGACAUCUGAAAGCAUAACAGGCGGGCUGAGAGAACUCCGUCUUGGUCGAACAUCCUCACAGAAAUCCACUCGCGAGCUCCCACCCGUUACCUUCAACAAGCGCUCUUCUUCCCUGGCCAUGCAGCCCGUUCUUUCAAACGACAAUAACAACGCACCGGCUGACAAUGAGCAGCUGCUCUUGGAACUCGUCAACGCAAAGACGGCAGAAGCUGUUGCACGUCAGGAACUUGAGGAAAUGAGGGCUAAGUUUGAAGGCCUGAGAAGAACCAUGGGUGUUCAACAGUUAAGCAUGAGUGCAACAGCAAGUCCGGCGGUGACGCCAACGCCAACGCCAGCUGCUGUGCCCGAGGGAAAGAAGGAGGGCACUGCUGCUGGUGGGUGGACCUGGGGUGGGUGGAAGAGGACGGCAAGUACCACCAAUGCCAGCAUCACAUAG